CCCCGUGUCAACAAGGAGCCAUGAAGAAAUUCCAGUCGUUGCUGCAGCUUAGGAAUGAAUCGGCAGGUGCCUACGGCUUCCCUGAAGGCGGCGAGAUGUUGAGUGCCUGCGAAGGCGGCUUUCUGAUUCUGGAGAAGAGAAACGUCUGUCUUGGCAUGGAUGCCUCCGGCCAAGUGCCAAAGAAACGGAAGCGUUGCGGGCUCUGCGUCCCCUGCUUGAGGAAGGGCAAUUGCGGUGCGUGCACCCACUGCGUGAACCGAAGGACCAGCCACCAGAUCUGCAAAAUGAGGAAGUGUGAAGUGCUGAAGAAGAAAAAAUCGGUGUUUCUCAGAGAGGUGGAAAUAAGGGACAAUAAAGAAGGUGGGACGCAGGAGCAAGUGCUGGCGACAAAGACAGGUUCAGAGGGCAACCCAGUUGAUGGACCCAAAACAGGCCAAAUGGAAGAAGGGCCAAUUAACUAUGUUGAAGAAAGAAGGUUGAACGAAGGAAGCAGGCCCAGCCUGGUGAAUGGGGGGAGCCAGCAGGCUGGGGGAAGUGCCCUGCUAAUGGAAACGGAUGGCUGGCUCGCCAGCCAGCCUGUUGCCCGGCUCUCCAGCGAGAAAGCCAAGUGGGAGAGCGCUUCGGCCCCGGGCCGGGGGGACACCACCGACGAUGCGAACCUGGAGGACGCUCGGAACCUGGUGGCCUUCUCCGCCGUGGCUGAGGCCAUGUCUUCCUAUGGAAUGCCAGCCGCUGGGUCCCCGUCACUGCUGAGCAUGCAGCUGUAUGAGAAAUUCAACUUGGAGAUGAGCCGGGGAGGGGCGGGCAACCCAGGGCUCCCCCAGCCCGACGGCGUCCCCGAAGGUGAGGACCUGAACACCCUGAAGGCUGCCCUGACCCUGGCCAAGCAUGGCAUGAAACCCCCCAACUGCAACUGUGAUGGCCCCGAGUGUCCCGACUACCUGGAGUGGCUGGAGCAGAAGAUCAGGUCGGCCCUUGGGAAGGGGCAGACCCACUCAUCCCAGCAUCUCAGCGACGCCCACCACCAGCCCUUAGACAAAGGUGCUACUCCCAAUCAGGUGCCUGCCGUGGUGGAGACGCUUAAGCCAUGCCCUUCAGAUGACCUCCCCUUUUCCCAAAGUGCACUGAACAUCGCCAAGGAGAAGAACAUUAGCCUCCAGACAGCCAUCGCCAUAGAAGCCCUGACCCAGCUGUCAUCUGCUCUCCCACCACCGGCCAGGGUGACUCCAGCCACUCCUGGCAGCCCCUUGCCAUCCGUGUCAUUCGCCUCCAAGGAGCAGCUGGUCUGUUCGUCCCCCUUCAGCCCAGACGAACCCCCGGUGCUACCCACAUCCAGCAAUGAGCAGUACCAGAGCCAGAAUGCACAACCCUAUGGCGGACAUAACGUGCUCCAGACAUCUCGGGCCCUGACACAGUCCUCUUGGCAGCCGGCGGACCCCCAGUAUAUCCUCGAACCCAGCGCCCCCCGAGAGCCUGCGGGCCUCUUCCCCAAUUUCACCUCCACCCCCCAGAAACUGGAAUUUCCCGAGCUGUGGGACGAAGAACCCAAGCCGAAAAACAACUUGUGGAUGCUCAACUCCGACGCGCCCACCUCAGUGAGCGACCCGAUGGCUGAACUGGAGCAGCUGCUGGGCAGCGCUAACGAUUACAUCAAGUCGGUGUUUAAGAGGCCUGAAGCAAUGCCCAACAAGGUCAAAGCUGUCAAGCCGAAGCAAGAGCCGCUGGUCCUGCCUCUGAAGAAGGAAGCUGGGGGUGGCCAUCCCAAGCUGGCCCCCAGCCAGCACUUGUCACAUCUGCUGCAAGAAACGGACUUCCAUAAGAAGACCCAGAUGGUGCUGCAGCAGCACCUCCAUCAUAAGCGCAAUCUCUUCCUGGACCAGAACUUGUCCCAGCCGGGCCCACAGGACCAGCUGCCCAACUGGUGGGCUCCUGGCUCUCAAGUCCUGCUUCUGAAGCCAUCUGAAAAGCAGAUCAAAGAGAAGAAGAAGAAAAUUCAGCCCGACAAACCCCCCCAGGUCAAGCCACUCCGGAAGCAAGUCCAGAUCAAGAAGUCCAAGCAGAAGGAUUCGCAACCACUGUUCCUGCCCCUGAGGCAAAUUAGCUUGGAAGGAUUUCACUCAGCCACCGCCCCUGAGCUCCCAACGGAAGAGAUGCAGACUGAGCAGCCUCCCCCCAACACCCCUGUCAAGUCCCCACCUCUUGCACUAUUCACACCUAGCUCCGCUGCACAGUCUCCGCUGCAACAGCAGCUGGACGACAGAAGCCAGGCUCCCAACACUCAGGAAACGGGCGCUCUCAGCCAAGGGAGCCCAGAGGAGAACCGCCAGCAUCACCUUCACCAGAACUUUGUGUGCCGCCCUACCCCGCCCGGCACUCCUGUCUCCAGCUACGCGCCCUGCUGCUCUUCUGUUUCCUCCGGCGACGGGCAGGACCAAGCUCCCCACAAGCCCUUAAACUCAUCGGACUCGCUGCCAGCCCAGAACUCGCUCAUGGUGGACGACAAGCUGGAGGAGCUGAUCAGGCAGUUCGAGGCGGAGUUUGGGGAAAAUUUCAGCCUGCAGAAUUCUGACCUCCCGGCUCCACUCACUGACGGGCUGCCCCCCCAGCCUCUCUCCCAUCAGUCGUCUGCUCUGAGCCACUCUCCAGAACUGCCAGGGGGCUCAGACACAACCCUCCAAGUGCCGGCUGCCGAAAAUGGAGUGCCACCCCUGGCCGAAGCUCCCGAAGUGGGAUCCAAAGGCUUUUUGCUGUCGCCCGGGAUGGGGCAGCAUUUUGAGAACCCCUUUGCAGCUAGGUCCCCCAAGCAGAUUAAAAUAGAAUCUUCUGGUGCUAUCACCGUGGUGUCAACCACUUGCUUUUACUCCGAGGAAAACCAAAACGCAGAUGCCGCUUACCUGGACGGGACCCCGACCAAGAACGAUGUGCCGUUCGCGCCAACCCUCAGUGGAUUUUUGGAAUCUCCUUUGAAAUACCUGGAUACGCCAACAAAAAGUUUAUUGGACACCCCAGCCAAGCGGGCUCAAGCGGAAUUCCCCACUUGCGACUGCGUGGAACAAAUAGUGGAGAAAGACGAGGGACCAUACUACACCCACCUGGGAUCAGGACCAACAGUGGCAUCUAUCAGGGAUCUCAUGGAAGAGAGGUAUGGCGAGAAGGGGAAAGCCAUCAGAAUCGAAAAGGUCAUCUAUACAGGGAAGGAAGGCAAAAGCUCCCGGGGCUGCCCGAUAGCGAAGUGGGUGAUCAGGAGGCACAACCAAGAAGAGAAGCUGCUGUGUUUGGUGCGGCACCGAGCCGGUCACCAUUGCCAGAAUGCCGUCAUCAUCAUUUUAAUCCUGGCCUGGGAGGGCAUCCCUCGCACCCUGGGUGACACGCUGUAUCAGGAGCUCACUGACACGCUCACUAAAUACGGAAAUCCCACCAGCCGCAGAUGCGGCCUGAACGACGACCGGACCUGUGCAUGUCAGGGCAAGGACCCCAACACCUGUGGUGCUUCUUUUUCCUUCGGCUGCUCCUGGAGCAUGUAUUUCAAUGGAUGCAAGUACGCCCGAAGCAAAACUCCCCGGAAGUUCCGACUGGUGGGAGACAAUCCCAAAGAGGAGGAAGUGCUCAGAAACAGCUUCCAGGACUUGGCUACUGAAGUCGCUCCACUUUAUAGGAGGCUUGCGCCGCAGGCCUAUCAAAAUCAGGUUACAAACGAGGAUAUCGCAAUAGACUGCCGGCUUGGUCUGAAAGAGGGAAGGCCAUUCUCUGGGGUGACCGCAUGUAUGGACUUCUGUGCGCAUGCUCACAAGGAUCAGCAUAACCUCUACAACGGAUGCACGGUGGUGUGUACCUUAACGAAGGAGGACAAUCGGAGCAUUGGAAAGAUUCCUGAGGAUGAGCAGCUGCACGUCCUUCCACUGUAUAAAAUGUCCACCACGGAUGAGUUUGGUAGCGAGGAGAAUCAGAACGCAAAGAUGGGCAGCGGGGCCAUUCAGGUGCUCACCUCCUUCCCCAGGGAGGUCAGGAAGCUGCCUGAGCCUGCCAAGUCUUGCAGGCAAAGGCAGCUAGAAGCCAAAAAGGCAGCUGCUGAGAAGAAGAAAAUGCAGAAAGAGAAGCUAAUCACCCCCGAGAAAAUAAAGCAGGAAGCACUAGAAAUCCCGACACUCCAGCAAAAUACAGGUAUGGCGUUGCAAAAUGGACUCUCCCAGCACUCAGUCAAACCUUCCAUCAAAGUUGAACCUCACAACCAUUACAACACUUUCAAAUACAACGGCAAUGCAGUGGUGGAAAGCUACUCCGUGCUGGGAAGCUGCCGCCCCUCAGACCCGUACAGCAUGAACAGCGUUUACUCUUACCAUUCCUACUAUGCACAGCCUAAUCUGCCUUCCAUGAAUGGGUUUCAUUCAAAGUUCACUUUUCCCUCCUUUGGAUAUUACGGAUUCUCCAGCAACCACAUGUUCCCUUCGCAGUUUCUGAAUUACGGUGCCACUGAGCCGAGGAGCGGGGAUUGGGUAAGUAGCAGCUAUGAGAAGAAACCCAACCUCCAAGCAUUGCAAGAUAACCUUAACCACACUUACAGGAAUUCAGAGUUCUCAGAGCAACUCCCACACUCUGUACGAAACAAAAACCACCACCAGCGGACCUAUGAGAAAGCCAACAGGUAUGCCAGCCAGAAGUCCAUGGCCAUGUCCCACAGGACUAACUCAGUCCCAAUGGAAACCCCACCGUUUGCACAAAACACAAACUGUUUCAGCAACCGAGCAAUCAAACAAGAGCCCAUAGACGCCUUGUCACACAUCGAGUCCAUUCAAAAGGCUGCUGUGAAUGUACAAAACUCAAGUCUCAACCUGUCUGCUGUGCCCGUGUCAUCUCAGAACGGUGAUCAGGAACAACAGUGGAGUCCCUACAAAGUCAACAGGAAUGUGUCUCCUUCUGACAGGACUAGUAAUACAGAGCGUUCUUGGAAUAUGUUUACGCCCAAUGACAAUACCAACUUACCCAACACGAGCAUGCAGGAUAAAUUGAAUUCCUUCAAUGGACACUCAAAUGCUACCCAGUUACCCCAGUCUCACCUCCAGGAGAAACAAUGGAAUAUAUUUUCUGGAGACGGGCAGGCAACGCAACAUAGUUCUAACCUGCUUGGGAAACCAUGGAGCCCUUGCAAACUCAACGAAAGCCCUUCAGUCUUGCCUAGUUCUGCAAAUUCAAACCUGCAGGAAAAGCCCUGGAACCUUAGCCAGCUGAACUUCAGCUCUACCCUGAAGGGGAACCCUGGGUUUCAAGAUGAGCUGUGGAACUCGGUCAAGGUGGAUGAGAGGAGGACUCCGACGCCUAGCUCGGGGCUGCAUGAGAAGCCAUGGGAUUCCUUUGGCUUGUCAGCCACCAUGGGGUCAAGCGUGUGUAGCGAUAAGCCAUUUGGCACCUUGAAAGCAGACGGUAACGCGUUCUUGCCCAGUAUCCGUCAUCAGGAGAAACUGUGGGAUCCCUUCAGCUUGGAUGACAGCAUGGAAGAGCUGCCCGAUAAGACCCUCAAGGAGGAGGAGGAAGAUGAGGAGGAGGAAGAGGAGUGGUCAGACAGCGAACACAAUUUCCUGGAUGAAAACAUUGGCGGGGUGGCGGUGGCCCCGGCCCACGGCUCCAUCCUGAUUGAAUGUGCCAGGCGGGAGCUGCACGCCACCACCCCGCUCAAGAAACCCAACCGGUGCCACCCAACCCGCAUCUCACUGGUGUUUUACCAACACAAAAACUUGAACCAGCCCAAUCAUGGCCUCGCCCUUUGGGAAGCCAAGAUGAAGCAGCUGGCGGAGAGGGCGAGAGUGAGGCAGGAAGAAGCAGCCAGGCUCGGGCUCCAGCAGGAUACCAAGCCAUUCAGCAAAAAGCGUAAGUGGGGAGGCGCCAUGGCCCCCGAACCCCGACACAAAGAAAAGAAAGAUUCUGUCCCAACACGGCAAGCAGUGGCUAUUCCAACAAACUCUGCUAUCACUGUGUCCUCAUAUGCCUAUACCAAGGUAACUGGACCAUACAGUCGCUGGAUAUGAGAUUAAUACAGCUAAUAUGGCCAUCUUACCUCAAUGUCUGCGACACUGGACCACAGUGUUGCUUUGUGGUGCUUUCUCCUAAUGCAUGUAGGGGAAAAAAAUCUACUCAAGUGCAAACCUUCUAAAAUCUGCACUUUGAGAGGAGUUAAAAAACAAACAAACGAACACUUAUUGCUGUUAACAUUUUUCAGUAAUCUAAUAUUUAUAUCUCCGCAUUUUUUUAAUCUAUCCUUGUACACCACAAGAAUGGAAAAGAAAAAUUUAUAGUGUCCUUUCACAAAGGAGAGGUUUUUAAUUCCAUUUAAAAUAUGUAUUUAUUGGAUUUUUUUAUUAUUACAACAAUGAAGCAGAUCUUAAAAAAAAAAACAAAAAAAACCCCACCAAACCAGCUUGAAAAAAAUAGAAUCUGUACAGCUCACUCAUGUUAACGCUGGUAGGGAAUUUCAGCUUGGAAACCAUCUGGAAACAUGUGCUUUAAAGUCAAUCGAAAAUGGUUUAAACAUCCGGUUUUUCAAAUUAACUAAAAGUGCGUAUUUUGCAGCUUGACUGAUCGUUUCUUACAGAUACAGUAACCCUCUGGGGCUGGGAAAUAUACAGAGAAUGAUGUGGAAACCAGUUGCAGAUAGAGUAAUGGAUUCCCACUUCUAGGCAGAUGCUGGGGUUUUGAAGAUGGUGUGUCUAACGGAGGUCUUUUCUCCUAACAGCGCUUGUUUAUAGGUAAAGGGUUUGAUUUGCCUCCUACUUGCCUCAGGAAUAAAUCCACUGAAAUUGCUGGAGUUACACCAGUGGAAAACCAGAGUCUGUGUAAACAGGCAGCAGAAGUCCCUAAGUCUGACUUAAGUGGUGCUAUGCCUCAUCCUGGCCCCUCUGCAAAGGGGUAAUUUCCUAAGUGGGAGAACAGUCAGGUCUGAUGGCUUUAAAGUGCUGUGAGUUCAGAAUGUGAGCUAACACCAAGCACUUUUGAUGAAUACAUUAUAAACCAGGUUGAAAGCAAGACCAAAUUAUCCAGGAUGAUUUGUCUUCAUGCUGAAUAGUUUGUCAGCUAUUUUGAUAUUCUCACCAAACUCACAUUGUUAUUUAUUCAGCUACAAGGUGACAGUAGAGAGGACAGUAGGUUUCUUAUACAAGAGAGAUGAGCCUGGGACAUCUGGACUACUGUCCUUGCUAUUUUUGUACCGAUCAUACUCUGUCACCUUAUAGCGGUAAAAAAAAAAAUUCUGGAGGGGGAAAAAAGGGGGUUACUGUAUCUUCAAGAACCCAAUAAAAACUGUGAAUAGUUAGUGUUGCUCUGUGUACUCACUGUUGCUAAGUUUGGUGCUUUCAGUCUCAAGGGGACGUUCUCUGUUUGAUCAGCUCUGGGAGGAGUGAAUACCGAAAAUGACUUGCAAGCCGCCUUCUAUAUUUUCCAAUGGUGCAUGCUUCUGUACUGUAAAAACUCCCCUAUGACAAGUCGGCGUUUUCAAACACAAAAAUGAAAUUGAUGACCGUUUUCUGCAAGCUAAUUAUUUUCCCGGUGCCAUUUUUUAUAACGACGAUGAUGAUUACAGCAAAACUAAGUGGUGCUUUUUAACAAUCUGAAUCAUGACUUCUUUUCCCUCUCUACAAAGCUGUUGGGAACGAUUGAUUCAAAUAACUUGCUAAAUAGGAGCGACGGGUGGGAGGAAAUUCUCUGAAACUAGAGAGACGUUCUCCAUGGGAGGGCUGCAUUUCUGUGAUGUUAGCAGAAAUUAUAUGGAGUGAUCCCAAAGAAAAAUGUAGGGUGAAAUUCACCCAUGCGCAGAGGCCCUGCACAAUUUCUGUGCCCAACUUAAGCCCUGAGUUCUCACUGCUUAGGUCUCGCCUGGUGUAAAAAGACUAUUGAUUUCACUAGAGUUACAAUCAUUUACCCCAGCUGAGGAUCUGGCCCUGAGGGUUUAAAUGGUACUUAAGUGAUGCCUGGGCCCUUGAGCAUGUUCUCUACAGAGGUGAAUUUCUUCCUUCAUGGGAACUGAGCCCUGAGAUAAAUGAUAAAGUACUUAAUGGAUAACAGGUGCUAUCCUGCUCCCGUUGAAAUCACCGGCAAAAUUCCCACUGACUUCAGCGGAAGUCAGAGUAAGUCCAUUGCCUGCUGUUCCUACAGGACAUUCUGUGGGAAAUUCCAAAUGUAGAAGCCUGGUUCUUCAGCUGAGUAGCCCCAUUACUUCUCGGGGAUGGACGGGCUGCUCCCCUGCAUAAGAUUCUGAAAGAUCAGGCCUGGUAGACAUUUAAAACUGGAUAACAAUACUCAGUCAUAAUUCUGCACUUUCAGGUGCCUUUUGGAGAGUCAGAGAGAGAGAGAGAGAGAACUGAGAACUUAACCGUACAUAACGUUUUGUUUACUGUAAACCUUGUUCCUCGUGCACUGGCACAGAAAAUCACAGGAUCGCUGUAAAACAUCCUGAACGUUUGUGUGGUCUGAUUUUAAACUGUAAAUAGGGAAAGAUUUUUUUAAAAGCACUUUCACCUAGAUUUAAAAACAAAACAAAACAAAAAAACCCCAACAACUUGAAAGCAGUAUGUUUUAAACAGAUUAUUGUGGGAGAACUGUAAAUAGUGGCAAAAUAUUUAACAUGCUUUGUCCGUCCGUCAUAAUUUUUUUUUCUGUAUUCUGUAUAGUUGCAUAUAUUUGACAAGGAAAAUCAAUGAGCUAUUAUUGCUUUGUUAUAAAUACCCAAGAUCAUAUCGAGGCUGUAGAAUUAUUCCAAGUCAGAUUUAUAGGAAACCCUCUGAACUUCAUGGUAUAACAAACUAAAGCACUCAAGGGGAUAGAUCCUCAGCUGGUGUAGAGUGGCCAUUGUCUUCAGUGGAACUAUGUCAGCUGUGUCUCUGGCGCUCAGUCCUUAUGGUCCUGUAAUGCACUGUUGAAGGCAAUGGGAGUUUUAUCAUUGACCCCAAUAGUUGCAGGAUCAGGCCCUUAGUGAGCAUGCUAAUUUUCUAGCUUUGAGGAAAUGUUGGACCUGAACUUCUUAAAAAUGACUUCUUUUUGUUGUGGUGGUUUUGAUUUCUUUCCAGCAUCCGUUCUUUUCACCCAGGUCUCAUUCGACUUCCAUAUUUUAGGUUGUUGCAUGGGUGCCUUGAAAGCUUCUUUUAGAUGACUUUGGAGAGCGAGAAAUUGUAAUAUUUGGGGUGGGGGGGAAGGGGAAUGCAUUUUAAGAAUGUGACAGAGUCCAUCUGACCUGUCAGAGUCGCACUUCUUUGUAGGUUUCUGUUUAGUAAUUUUUAGACUGAUCUGAUUGUGAUAUAUUAUAACAUUUGUGACUAUACUCAUGUUCAGUGUAUGUCCGGUCAUAUCCUAUUGGUAAUAGCAGUGAUAUUAUUAGAUGGAGGGGGAGAAAAUGACAGAAGGGCCAAACCCUGCUUGCCUCACUCACGCAAAUAAUCCUUGAGGGCUGGAUUCUGAUCUCAGUGACCCCCUUGUAAACCCAGAGUCAUUUCACUCCAGUUGGUAGAAUUACACUGGCGUAACUGAGAUCAGAGUCUUGGCCCGUAGUUUUGGCCCUUUAACUAAGAACAUAGAGCCUGACUCUCCACUUGCUCCAUCAUGCCAAUUUUACACCAGCAUAACGGGGCGCAGAGUCAGGGUCAUGACCUCAUAUUCUGAUUUUAUCUAGGUUGGUAUAAAUCUGGAGUGGAAUUACACCAGAGUAAAUUAGGUCAGAAUCUGGCCUAUCAUUUUCCCAAACAGCUUUAAAAUAGAUAGUUUUGGUUAAAAAAAUAAGGCUGUUCCAAUUAAAAGCAAAACCUCCCAAUUGCAGCCAGCACAGCUAAAAUGGUGUUUUAAUCGAUGCUGAAUACUGUUGCAGUCUCACAUUGUUUUACACUACAUAUAUAACCUACCUCAAAUCUCAGUCAUUAAAAAUUAGCAUGCUUCAGACUUCUAUUAAAAAUAUAAAACUAUGCACAGCUAUUAACCCCUUGCUGCUGAAAGUCUGUUUAAAAUAUUUUUCUUUAUUUUCUAUUGGCACUAUCAUUUGUAUCUAAUGUCAUGUCAAUCACAAUUGUUUUUAACCAUGAAAAAGCCAUUGUGAUUCAAAGCAUUAAAAGAAUCCAAUAGCAUGAAGCAGAAAUGGACCUUAUAUACAGCUGUAUUCUUAGGAUGGCUGCAAAAGAUUAAGUCAGUGGAGCCAUGCCAAUAUACACCUGCUGAGGAUCUGUCCCUAGGAGUCUAUUAUCUCUCAUAAUUGAAGGAUACACCGGAUUCUGCUCUUGUUACACCAGAGUAAAUUUGAAGCCACUUGAAGAAAUAGGCUUGAUUUUUGCUCUGAUUUCCCCUGAGCAAUUCAACUGAUCCUCAGCUGGCAUAAAUCAGCGUAGCUCCAUUGAUGACAAUAGAGCUGCGCUGAUUUACACCAGGCCAGGCGACUUCAAUGGAAUUACUUCUGAUGUCCACUGAGGAGUGAGGUGAGGAUCCAGGCCAGUUGACUCCACCAUUGUAACUGGGUGACAGCCAGCCAUGUGCAGAAAAACAGCUAAGGGCCGAUGCACCACUUCAGCUCAUGUUGGCUUUAAGUGGAACAUAAGUGGUGCACAGGCGUUCUGCGCAAGGGUGAAUUUUACCCACUCAGAGCAGAAUCCAGCCCAGCGUCCCACCACAUUGAUUUGUCUUUAAUGUCAUAACACAGGUGAAAUGACAAGCUCAGAAUACUGCUAAGGGAUUUUUAUUUACUUUUGGUGUAAUGAUUUGCAGCAGGUAUAACCAACAAACGGUGCUAGGACAACAAACAAGUCUAUAACCCUGGGAAAAUCUUGACAAAAGGGCCUGCUCCUGCUCCCAUUAAAGUCAUCAGCAAAGCUUCCAUCGACUUCCAUGGGAAGAGGUUUUGAGCCCAAAGAGGUUGUUUUAAUGUUUUUCUUUUAGGACAUCAGUUUCUUCAUCUGUAAUGCUUUGCCUUGUUACCCAGACACAGCGGAGUGGACUGAAAUCUCUCGCUUUUGACACAUUUCUUGCUUCUGAUAAAAUCCAGGGCUCACAGCAAAAGGGGAGUAAAGGGAAUGUACGGGAACCAAAUAUUGGCCCUGAUGCUGCAUUCCCAGCCUCCCUCACCUAUCACUGAAUUCAGAUUGUGCAAGGAAUCCAGGAUUGCAUUUGCUGUACUGCUAAAUAUUACUUACGCAGAGUGAAAUACGCCCUCGUACAGAGGACCAGCAUGAGUACACACCACUCAAAUCCCAGAGAUCUGACAUGGCACAUAGGCCUUUUGCGGGGACAAAUUUCGCUCCAAGUGAUUAGCAGACAGGUUGGGGAGGAAGCUUCUUCCUGCUCCCGAUGAGGUCAAAGGCAAAAUUCUAUGGGCCUAAAGUCUCAUUGGGAAACCAGUUAGGACCAUUCCUCAUGUACCAAAACUGUAGCUGUGUCCUGUAAUAAGGCAUAGUAAAGAGAGAGAAAAAAGAAUUCCUGAGGUGCCUCAACUUUUCCUUUUAAUAUUGGAGUAUGCUUUGUGGGCUAUAUAAGGCAUAUUUUUAUUAAAUGAAAUCUUAUAAUAAAAUGGUGCUAUGGUGUUUUAACAAAUUGUAUCAUGUUUUGCCUGAUUCCAUCUUGCUGAGGUGCUACUUAUGUAUAUGUAAAACCAGAGAACCAAGAAAAAAAAUUAGCUGAGAAUAAAGUUUCUUUUUCUUCAGUGACAGCUUUUAGCAUCUCUGCUCUGGAUCUAAAUAUAGAGCCAGAUUCUGAUCUAAUUCAUGCUGCUGGAAAUCCAGCAUCAUUUUACGGGGAUUACUCUGGAUUUAGACCUGGUGUGAGAUCUGAAUUUGCCUCCCAGGGCCAGAUCCUCAGCUACUGUGAAUGAAUGUAGCUCCAUAUGACUUACAUGAAGCUGUGAUGGUUUAGAUCUGCUGAGAAUCUGGUCCCUAUAGUUGGUAUUUGCUCAGCUAAUUAAGGGUUAAUUCCUGCCAGCUCCUGGAAAAGUUCUAUAAAUUGGAAGGGGUGGCAGAAUCAGAACCCAAGCAAAUAACUGUAAAUCUUAUUACCGUGGGUAAAAAAUGAAAGUGGUUUUCUUCCUUGGCUUUCUUCUUGCAGGGAGACCAAAUGCACUUCAUGGUCCCAACUGUGCUCUUAGUUACUCUCGUGAAAUCUUACCCAAGAUGCACAAUGCAGCGAGGGUAGAACUGGUGCCCUGAAUUUAUAGUUAUUAUGCAAAAAUAAAAUUGGUGCAGAAUUCAAGUUUUAGUGUCGUCCAAGCACAGAAUGGAAUUUUUUACCCCCAUGAGUGGGUGGUAAAUUCCAUCUGUGUGAAGAGAGGAAAAGAAAGGAACCGUGUUUCUGUGGACCCAGAGCAGUUAUUCUAAAAGUUAAUGUAACAUUCUACUUCUUCAACUCACGUUGUUUCAAAGCAAAAAGUAAGGGUUUAGUCCUGUGGGGCCCUGAUCUUGCUCUCUUACUUACGAAAAUCUCCUACUGGGCUAGAUUCCGUUUGCAGUGGUGCUGGGGUAAAUCUGAAGAAAGUCCAUUGAAAUCAAGGCAUGUUUUCACCAGUGUAACUGAGAGCAAACGCUGCCUUUUGCAUUCGGUUAGGGCCCGACCCAGAGUCCAGUGAAGUCAAUGGGAAGCUUUUUGUUGACUUCAGUGGUCUUUGGACCAGGCCCUGACACUGCUAUCACAUGACUGAAAGUCAGGUGACAUGGAUGUAAAUGACAGCUGAAUAUAGCCCAGUGGGAGUUCUUUGUUUUUUUCAGGAUAGACCAUAUAGCUGCUUCUUUUAGGAAUGCCUGCUUCAUUUCUACCACUUAGUCUGACUUUUCUUCGUAUAUCACUAUUUGUGGCUAGAAACAUAGAGAUACUUAAAACUUAUACCAAUACUUUUACAUUUCCAUUCUCCCCACGCCCCCCACUUGUGCUACUCUUUCUUUUCUUUUGAGUUCAUGUGAUUUGAUGUUAUAAACUGUACAGAUACCUGAGUUUUGUUGUGUAAGCUUGCUGUUGUCACGAUACAUAAGAAAAAUACCUCAAAAAUAGACUGUCGUGGCAAUUUAUGAUUCAACUAUAGAUAAUGGAAUAAAAAGAUAGAUAAAAAUAUUAAAAACUAAGGUAUGCAUUUGGUUAAUUUUACACUGUACUUGACAUUUUAGAACUUUUUGGCCUGCUUAGCUCUAUUCUUAGGUGAUUUCUCAUUCAUCUUACUCAAUACCCUUGUUCAUUUUGAAUAGGACCUAAUUCCAUGUGUCUCAUUGAAGUCUCGGCUGGUAUAAAUUGGCAUAGUUUCACUGACUUCAGCAGAGCUAUGCUGAUUUACAUUAG